AUGAAUUUAUUUAUAAUAUCAACUGUAAGUUGCCUUUUAGAAUACAUUUUUCCAUCUUUAAUUAAAUAUAUUACAUCUCAUUUGUACACAAUAAAUAAACAUGAUAUAGAAUUGCGAAAUAAUUUGAUUAAUCUAAAACAAGAAAUGGUUGGUAUAUCUAUUGUGGAUGAAUUUUCAAAGUAUGCAAAACUUCAACGUAAAUGUAAUAAAUUAGAAAGUACAUUAAAAGAAAAAGCAAAUGAGAGACUGUUUUUCAGAAUGAAGGUACAAUCAUCUGUAACAUAUGUUUUUCGUAUAUUAAAUGGUUUAUUAACGUUGAUUCUACUAUAUCUAUACAGAAAUAAACCUGUAAUAAUUUUGCCAAAAGGUAUAUUAUGGCCAAUACAAAGUCUAUUAAGCUGGCCAUGUUAUCAUGAAGAUUCAAUUUCUUUGAUCAUGUGGUUAGUAAUUGCAAGAUUAGUUGUGGCUACCUGUAAAAAAAAUGAUAUAACAUAA